AUGCGCUUAGCUCAUUUGCACAUCCUAGGCCUUAUCCCUUAUAGCCACUCGCUCCGCUUGCAAAACGCUACCAUUGAGAGGCAUUUUAGACACAAGGACUUGUUGCGGCGUUCAGCAGCAGCGGUGGGAGCAGCCCCAGGCCACGAUGCCCAAAGUGGAGUGAGCAGUAAGAUACAUGCAUUCGUACCCGAAGAAAAGCACGCUGUCCGGGAAGACCUGUCGGACGCAAGAAAACAAAAUGCUUUAACUGGACCGGCAUCUUGGACUUCAAACGCCGUAAAGCUGCAACCAAAUGUGGCAGAGGCAUCCCACGAUCAACCACGCACCUCAAUGCUUCAACCCGGAAGUGGAAGUUGCACUACAGCGUCGAGCUCGACGUCGAAUCAGAGGCUUGGGUUCCAGAAUCGCCAACACGAUGAUACCGGUCCACCAGACCCUGUCCUCCUCACAUUUAGUACCCCUCCUACCUACACGGUUGGCCGGCGCCACUUGUUGACCAAUCCGAUCUCUCCAGAGCAGCAAUAUUUCCUUUCGGCCAACGGCCUCGCGACCUUCCACGCUUCUCCUCGUGGGGGCCUACUCACUUACCACGCCCCUGGGCAGGUGACAGGGUACGUGAUUGCUGAUCUUCGGCGUCAUGGCAUCACAGCACGCUGUUGGGUGAGACUAUUGGAGGAGAGCGUCAUCCGCACGUGUCGUGCAUGGGGCGUCAGGACGGCGCGGACAAAUGAUCCUGGGGUCUGGGCACUCAGCCGUGAAAGAGAAUCCGAGCAGACACGGUCGCCAGGAGAGGAUGGGCAGACAGGGCAGACACGCGAACCCCAGGCCAGCGAUCGGAAGAUAUGCGCCAUCGGCGUCCAGGUCUCGCGGGGUAUUACUUCUCAUGGAAUUGGGCUGAACGUCCAUGACGCGCCGCUGGGACUGUUGCCAUCAUCGUCUCACCCGCAGCAGGGGGAAAUGAAUAACUUCACUUUCACGCCUGCUCAACUUUGCUCACCGUCCUAUGAUCCCGUCACCAAGGGCCAUUUGUCAUGGGGUUUCAGCCGCAUUGUGGCCUGCGGACUCGAGGGCAAGAGCGUCACUUGGUUGACCAGGGAGAUGGGCUCCUCCGACCCAGCACUGGCACGUUCAUCGUCUUCGACACAACCGUUUCCUCCGCCGACUGAAGAAGCCGUCGCCACCAUACUCGCUCGCGAGAUCAUGAACGGCCUAAACACCAUGAAAGGCGCAGAUAAAGAGGCCGUCGACGGGAUAUACCGGAUUCAGCAGGCCGAUGUCCUGACAUGA